AUGCGGACAAAGUGCCAGGAUGAUGUGUCUUCCAAAGCACGCGCUCGGGAGCUUGCCGUGACUCUGGUCAACCGUGCACGAGCACAGCUGGGUGCUGGCGAUGCUUUGCAAGCAGAGAAGGCCCUGGAGGGACCAACGUUUCAUGACUCUUCAUAUGGCAGAGCCAAGACUGUUUUGGCUGAAGCAUAUCAGAAGCAAGGGCGCACCAAGGACGCCGAGGCCCUUCUGAAGGAGCCACGUCCACCCAGCAUGCACUUGACCCGCCUACCUGCGUUGCUACAUGCCGCUUCAUGGAGGGCUCUAGCAGCUUAUGCUGUGCUUGCGACUCUCCUCGUCAGCGUGUUGGCUUUGCAUCGGCGCCUUGCGCUGGAUGCGUUGCACGGGCGACAACCAGUGCUGGGUGCGGAAGAGCUUCGAGAAGUCUUGAGGUAUAGCUCAGGCUAUGGCGUCGGCAGUUUUCCAGCUCGUAUCCGGCCGGAGCGUGUUGAGGCCAGUGCGGCUAAUCAGAUUUUAUUUCCGUUCAUUGGAUCAUUGCAGUUCUUGCUUGUCACUUGCAAGGGAAAGGUGGAAAAGAGGUCGCUGGCGCUCCCUGGAUCGGCAUGCUGGCUUUUGUUCCAAAGAUUCUUGGAGCAAAGUUCCGUGACCUUGAAGCACCGCGUCGGUCGUACCGACGAACCGCGUACCUACCACGCGGGCAACAAAGAGAGGGAAGCGAAUCCCUUAAAGCUGGUGCAACUCGUGCCAGAGCGGGCAGCCUUUGGACGCUUAAAACGAUUGGGGCACAGCGCCAGGCGGUGCAUUUGUUUUUCACCAUGCCACAUGUCUGCAAGCGGAGGACUCUUGCCCUUAGCGCUCUUGGUUCAGGGCACGGUGGCUGAUGAGCAACGCCUGCCACAGCAGCUGACCUUUGCGCGGCUGUCACUGCUGGUCGUGCUGGUCAUAGCACUGGCCAUUGCGUACGGCGUCUAUGUGGCUGUAGUUUCCUUGCGGAACUUCCGGCGGCAUCCUGCCAUGACGGAGCUCUUUGAUCCCAAUGGACGGUUUAUCAUCGGCUUGGAGAAGGACCUCGCAGAAGAAGCGCCCGAGCUCAAGCCGCGAGCGCUUGACGAUGGGAAGGUCAUCAUCACCAUGAACUGGUUUAUCUACCUUCCAGAAAAGUUUACUUUCUUUUCCAGGCUCUUCCAGCCCCUGCUGCUGCUCACAAAUCUGGUGGGUAUUGGCUCAGGCACAUGUCAGGAGCCGAAGCCACCCUCCGUGGGAGGCAUUCUGCACCGGUGCUUUCAGGUCGUUGGUUUGAUCCCAAGCUGGCUCCAUUUGCUUCGGCGCAGCCUUCCUGGUGCAGUGCAGGUCUCUCCUUUGUGGGAGCUGCAGCUUGGGUUCCGAAGCGAUCAGGGAACUCCACCUCGUGGGCAAGUGAUUCUGUGGGAUGCCUCACGUGGGCACUUCGCAGACAUCAUUGGCGACCAAAAGGAGAUGGAGAACCUGGGCCGUGAUAUAGCGACACGGCAAGCGGUGGCCACGAAGCUUAUCACCUCUGCAGCAAUCUCGGAGACAGGUGGCAUCCAAAAGGCUGAAGGUGGACCCGAUCCCCGCAGUAUGUCGCUGGAAAGAUGCUACGAGGUUUUGAAGCUGUCCAGAGAUGAUGUACGGGCUGCACAGUCAACCUCCAAAGAGGCGCAGAAUCCUUUUUUGCUUUGCACAGCAGCAAAGGCAAGAGCAUGCAAGAAAGACAAAUAA